AUGUCGAAGAAGGACGUGGCCAUCGAGACGGCGGAGGCGGAGGCCGCCGCGAAGGCGCCGUACUGGGAUCCGCCGCCGGCCCCGCUGCUGGACACGAGCGAGCUGAAGAAGUGGUCCCUGUACCGCGCGCUCAUCGCCGAGUUCAUGGCCACCCUCAUCUUCCUCUACGUGAGCGUCGCGACCGUCAUCGGGUACAAGAACCAGUCCAAGGCCGAAGCGUGCACCGGCGUCGGCGCCCUCGGCAUCGCCUGGUCCUUCGGCGCCACCAUCUUCAUCCUCGUCUACUGCACCGGCGGUAUCUCAGGUGGGCACAUCAACCCGGCCGUGACGUUCGGGCUGUUCGUGGGGCGGAAGCUGUCGCUGGCGCGCACCCUGCUGUACAUCGUGGCGCAGUGCCUGGGCGCCAUCUGCGGCGUGGGCAUCGUGAAGGGGAUCAUGAAGCACCCCUACAACCAGCUCGGCGGCGGCGCCAACGGGGUGGCCACGGGUCCCUCCGACGGGGUGGCCACGGGCUACUCCGUCGGGGGCGCCCUCGCCGCCGAGAUCGUCGGCACGUUCAUCCUCGUGUACACCGUCUUCUCCGCCACCGACCCCAAGCGCACGGCGCGCGACUCCUUCAUCCCCGUGCUUGUUCCGCUGCCGAUUGGGUUCGCGGUGUUCGUGGUUCACCUGGCGACCAUUCCCAUCACCGGCACCGGCAUCAACCCGGCCAGGAGCCUCGGCGCCGCCGUCGUGCACGAAGCAUGGAAAGACCAUUGGAUCUUCUGGGUUGGGCCGCUGAUCGGGGCGACGGUGGCGGCGUUGUACCACAAGCUCGUGCUGCGCGGGGAGGCCGUCAAGGCGCUCGGCUCCUUCAGGAGCACCAGCGCCACGGUGUGA